AUGAAAUCAGAGGUAGUGCUGUCUUUCUUCUUCAUUCUCAUACCAUCUCUGAGUGGACUCCAAAAUACAUUCCCUAUAAAUCUCUUCAGCUCUUUGAUUUCUGCAAAUGAAGAGAAAGUCAUUGGGAAGCUUAAUGAAGACAGAAUUCUCCCUUGCUCAUUUAAAAGUGGGCCUGAAGUUGUAAUUCACUGGAAGAUUCAAGAUUCCUAUGUUCACAGCUACUACAAAGACACGGACCAACUGGAAAGGCAAGACACCAGAUAUGCAAACAGGACUUCACUCUUCCACAGGGACAUUCACAAUGGGAAUGCUUCUCUGUCUCUCAGAAGAUUAAACCUUCAGGAUGAAGGAAUUUACAUCUGUUAUGCGGGAACCACAUCUAGCCUCCCAGUCUCACAAAAAGUAGUGCUAAAGGUGGGAGCUUUCCACAUGCCUAUGAUGAAGCUUGAAACAAGCAGCAUGCACAGCCCCCUGACAUGCUCUAUGUUAGAGGUUGCUCCUCGGCCAAAUAUCACAUGGCAAGAAGACAAUAAAAUUAUCUCUGAAAAUGUUGUGGAAGAAAUUGGGCCUUUGCCUCCAUUUCAUAUCAAAAGUACAUUGAUUACUACAUUCCCAAAUAAAUCUUAUGAAUGUAUCAUUGAAAAUUCACUGCUGAAGGAGACAUGGACAGGGAGAUGGACAAUGAAAGAUCACCUUCGUAAAGAGAAAAGUGAAGACAUUUCACUCUCAUGUCAACUAGACAACAAUUUUAUUCUACCAAAUCAAGACUUCUCAGUCACUUGGUCCAGAAGGAAAAGUGGAACUUCCUCGGUUUUGGCUUACUUUUUCAGCUCCUCACAAAACACAAUUAUCAGUGAAUCCCGAUUCUCAUGGAAAAAAGAGCUGGUAAACCAGAGUGACUUCUCUUCAACUUUGACAAAUCUUGAUCCUUCAGACAGUGGAGAAUAUGUAUGCAAUAUUAGUUCAAGAAAAUAUACUUUAUUCAUGGUACACACACUGGAUGUAGUAUCAAGUCAAGGAAUUCAAAGAAUAGAUUCCCGAGUUAUCCAUGUUCUGAUUUUGCUUCUGGCGGUUGUUAUGGUUUUUACAGUGGCUUUCAUGGCUUUCAUGGCUUUGAAGAUGCCACGACAUCACCUACCCUUGAUGAGAAGAUGCUACAAGACCUCAGGUCUCCAAAUUGAUAGGGUACAAAGUCAUAUACUUGUCUACCUGGAAAAAGCUCACUCAAAAUUUCAAACAGACCCAUUCAUACUUUCUAAAUCAUAUUGCUCCAUGGGCUCCUGA